AUGUGGGCAUACGUUAAAACAUCUGAUAAUCCAAGUGACGAUGCCAGUAGAGGCAUGAGUGCUAGUCAACUAACUAGAGAGUGCAGAUGGUUUAAAGGUCCAGGCUUUCUUUGGCUAGACGGACUGAGUGAACGUCCUGAAAUAGAGGCUGAAAAUGAAUCAAUGUUGCUGAUGCAGAAAGAAAUGAAAAAGGCAACUGUGUUCAGUACUCAUGUGGAUGAACCAACUCCAUACAUCAGCAGUAAACAGCUGCAACAUUACCCUACUUGGAUCCAUGCCGUACGAACCAUAUCUACUUGUCAAAAAGUUAAAAACAAGUGGAUGGAAGCAAGUAACAUUCAACAAUCUAUGAUCAAGAAAGGCACAGAUGAGCCGAAAGCCACAAAUGUCAAAGACUUGAAUGAAGGUAAAAAAGUUAUCAUCAAAGGCUCACAGCUGGAGAAAUUCCCAGAAGAGAUUGAAAUCUUGAAGAAUCUAAAGACUAAAGGAGAAAUAAUUGGUAGAAACGGAACAAGAGAACGGAACCAAUCUUUAAAGCGUGCAAGUAUUCUCUACAAGUUAGAUCCUUUCCUAGACCAAGAAAACAUACUUCGAGUUGGUGGCAGAAUUAAGAGAGCAGAUAUCCCAAUGGAAGUGAAACAUCCAAUAAUCAUACCAAGAAAAGGUCAUGUGACUAAUCUCCUGAUAAAACACUACCACAGAGAAGUAGGUCACAUGGUGAGAACUGCAACACAUAAUGAAGUUCGUCAGCGUGGAUACUGGAUCAUCAAUGGCUCAAAUGCUGUCUCACAGUGGAUAACAAACUGUGUACCGUGCAAGAGAACGAGAGGUGCUCUUCAGACGCAAAAGAUGGCCGAUCUUCCACUUGACAGAAUGGGACAAGAACUACCCUUCACUUAUUGCGCAGUGGAUUUCUUUGGUCCAUUCAAGAUAAAAGAAAAACGAAGCCAAGUCAAAAGAUAUGGCGUUCUUUUUACGUGCAUGUCUCCCAGGGCUAUACAUAUAGAGCCAGCUAAUUCAUUGGAGACUGACGCCUUUAUUAACGCUUUACGCCGCUUCUUAAACGUAAGAAGACCUAUAAGACAGAUUAGGUCUGAUAGAGGGACCAAUUUUGUGGGUGCUAACAAUGAGAUGAUGAAAGGUCUCAAAGAAGUUAACCAGAGUAAGGUUAUGGAGUUCCUGCUUCGCCAACAGUGUGAUUGGAUCGGUUUCAAAUUCAACGUUCCCGCUGCCAGUCAUAUGGGUGGAGUGUGGGAACGCCAAAUUCGAACGGUCAGAUCAGUCUUGGAACAACUCCUUAGAGAAACAGGUACUCAACUAAAUGACGAGUCAUUCCGAACACUCCUGACUGAAGUACAAAACAUUGUCAAUUCCCGACCCCUGACUACAGACAAUCUGUCAGACCACAACUCUCCUGAACCAUUGACACCUAACCAUCUACUGACGUUGAAGUCGAAGAUCUUGCUUACCCCCACCUGGUAA